CAAUGCAGGCAGAUUCUUCUGCCUUAAGUCCCGAAGUAGUUGGGAAUGCCUUUGUGGAGCAAUACUACAGUAUUCUUUGUCAAUCACCUGAUAAUGUUCACAGAUUUUAUCAGGAAUCAAAUAUGCUAAGCCGGCCAGAUCCUUCCGGUGCUAUGAGAAGACCAUCAAAAAGCACAUUGAUGUUUGGCAUAAAUGACAAGAUUUUGUCUAUGGACUAUCAGAAUUUUAAGGUCCAGAUAUUUUCUGCUGAUGCUCAAGGUUCGUAUAAUAAGGGAUUGAUUGUUUUAGUAACUGGUUGUUUGCUUGCAAAGGAUAAUUUGAGAAGGAAAUUCACUCAAUCAUUUUUUCUAGCUCCACAAGACAAAGGAUACUUUUUCUUAAAUGAUUUUUUCAGAUAUGUGGAUGAAAAUCAUGAAAUGGAAGACGAAGAAGAAUCUAAAGGGGUUGUAAAUAAUAAAGCUGAUGAAAGUGCUCCAACAGCUCCUUUGGCUGCUGAUCCUGAGCCAAUUCAUGCUCCCCAUAACCAUGCUGUGAAUCACAAUUCAUCAACCCCUGCAAAUGAGGCCACUGAAAACGGCAAAGAAGUCAGUCAUCCAUUGGACAACGGAAAAGUUUUGGUGGCUGAGAAAGUGGUUGUUCCAGAGCAUCCAAUCGUUUCAAGCCAGAAUGAUGCCCCUCCGGUCACAAAGACCCUUGCUUCUAAAACACAAGACGAAGUCCCCAAGAAAUCUUUUGCGUCAGUGGUACGCUAA